CGCUGAGUAGCCAUUUUGGUCCCACCUAAAGCAGACAGACCCGCUUCACUUUGGCCGCUGGAGAUGGAAGAAACCGAGCAAAAGGAAAGCGUUUCGGUCAUCCAGACCCUUUAAAAUCGACUGCCAAUCAACCGUCGAAACCACUUGAGGCCAUGUCGUUUUUGUAAAGCGAGGCAUUUUUUUUUUUUUUUUUGUUGGGAUGAAAAAAAAAAGACUGGUGAUUUUUGGAAGUGACGUCCGACAUCUCCUUCAUGAUAGUUUAGUUAGCUUCACUGACUGAAGCCCGAACGGAAAAACGGGCUGCAAUUUACUUGUCGAGUUGAACAAAGGUUACAGUAGGAUCAUGUUUAAUCUGUGGAUUUAACACUAAAUACAAGUGUUUUAUUUUACGUCGCGGAAUAUCUCAGGCUGUAACACGUCCGGUCUGGGGGUGAAAAUUGUCACGAUCCAUGCUGAGCCUGUUUUUCCUCAGAGACCUGAACAGCAAAGCAAUAAGAACCUUUUUUUCUUGGGUUUGGAUUCAGGACGGAGGGUGUUUUUGACCUCGCUGGUCAGGGAAGACCGAAUAAAUGAUGUCAACAAAAACUCCUUUACCAACGGUCAACGAGAAGGUGACGGAAAGUCACACGUCUCAUAGCAAUGGGCGCCAGGAGCUUAGCACACGCUCGGGUCGGACCGGCAUGCGAUCCCGCAGCUCGGACGAGUCGCAGCAGCCUCAUGUCGGAAACUACCGGCUGCUCAAGACCAUCGGCAAAGGAAACUUCGCCAAAGUCAAACUCGCCCGGCACAUCCUCACCGGCAGAGAAGUGGCUAUUAAGAUAAUAGACAAGACCCAGCUGAACCCAAACAGCCUUCAGAAGCUUUUCAGGGAAGUCAGAAUAAUGAAGAUCUUAAAUCAUCCCAACAUCGUCAAGCUGUUCGAGGUGAUUGAAACUGAGAGGACACUUUACCUUGUGAUGGAGUAUGCCAGUGGAGGUGAGGUGUUUGACUACCUGGUUGCACACGGGAGAAUGAAGGAAAAAGAGGCCAGAGCUAAAUUUAGACAGAUUGUAUCAGCUGUGCAGUACUGCCACCAGAAGCACAUUGUUCACAGAGACCUGAAGGCGGAGAACUUGCUGCUAGACGCAGACAUGAACAUAAAGAUAGCCGAUUUUGGCUUCAGCAACGAGUUUACUUUGGGCAACAAGCUGGAUACUUUCUGCGGCUCUCCGCCGUACGCAGCGCCGGAGCUGUUCCAGGGAAAGAAGUACGACGGGCCGGAGGUGGAUGUCUGGAGUCUGGGGGUCAUCCUGUACACGUUGGUCAGCGGCUCCCUGCCCUUUGAUGGACAGAAUCUCAAGGAGCUUCGUGAACGCGUUCUCAGAGGAAAGUAUCGCAUCCCUUUCUACAUGUCCACGGACUGUGAGAACCUCCUUAAACGCUUCCUGGUCCUCAACCCUGCUAAGCGUGGUACUCUCGAGGUGAGGGUGGACGCAGAAAAUCAAAUCAUGAAGGAUCGAUGGAUCAAUUCUGGAUUUGAAGAGGACGAGCUGAAGCCGUACACUGAACCAGAACUUGACAUCACGGAUCAGAAGAGAAUAGAUGUGAUGGUGGGUAUGGGCUAUAACCUGGAUGAGAUCCAGGAUUCUCUGGCCAAGAUGAAGUAUGAUGAGGUCACAGCCACUUACUUGUUGCUGGGCAGGAAAGCCUCUGAGCUGGAGCCCAGUGACUCUGCCUCCAGCAGCAAUCUGUCUCUGGCCAAACCAAGACCUAGCAGUGAGCUGAAUGGACAGUCACCGUCCCACCUCAAAGUGCAGAGGAGCGUCUCCUCCAACCACAAGCAAAGGCGGUACAGUGAACAAGUUGGUCAGAACGUACCAUCAGGGAUGGCGCAUCCAAAGAGAAGCCAGACCACCACAGGGGACAACAGUGUGAAGGAGGAGGGCGGGGCUCCGAUUCGGAAGCCAAGCAGCGCCGGCAGCCGAGGCGGUCAGCCUUCCAGCCCUCUGCUGGGCAGCGCCAACAACCCCAACAAGGCCGACAUCCCUGACCGAAAGAAAGGGGCCACCACCGGUCCGAGCAAUAACUCUGCUUCAGCAGGCAUGACCAGGAGGAACACGUACGUCUGCAGCGACAGAAAUAACGCAGACCGCCUCUCUGUCAUCCCUAACGGGAAGGAGAACAGUGUUGCAGUUUCCCCAGGGGGUCAGAAGAACCCAGUGGCGUCAACUCACAGCAUCAGCAAUGCAACCACGCCCGACCGCCUCCGUUUCCCCCGGGGCACAUCUGGCCGCAGCACCUUCCACGGCGGCCAGCUGAGAGACCGCCGCACGGCCACGUACAACGGGCCGCCGGCCUCCCCCACCCUUUCCCACGACGCCACCCCUCUGUCCCAAACCCGCAGCCGUGGAACAAGCAACCUGUUCACCAAGCUCACCUCCAAACUCACCCGCAGAAACAUGUCAUUCAGGUUUGCCAAAAGAGUCUCAUCCGAGUUUGAGAGAAACGGGAGACUUGAGGGCUCAAGUCGCCAUGUACCUGGGGAUCAAAAAGGGGAAAUUAAAGACGGUAAACCCCGCUCCCUCAGAUUCACUUGGAGUAUGAGAACCACCAGCUCCAUGGAGCCCUGCGACAUCAUGAGGGAGAUUCGUAAGGUGCUCGACGCCAACAACUGCGACUACGAACAGCAAGAGAGUUUCCUGCUUCUUUGCGUCCAUGGAGACGGGCAGGCUGAAAACCUGGUCCAGUGGGAGAUGGAGGUCUGCAAGCUGCCACGUCUCUCCCUUAACGGCGUCCGCUUCAAAAGGAUAUCUGGGACAUCAAUCGCUUUUAAAAACAUUGCUUCCAAAAUUGCCAACGAGUUAAAACUAUGAACAAAAGGACUUAAGUAUACAUUAAAAAUAUAUAUUGAGGUAUUUAAGCUGUACAAUCAUCCAAGUAGCAGUUUCCAAAUGUCUCCUUUUUUAAACAAAACACAGUCUGUAUUGAAUAUUAUAAUGUAUAGAUAAAGGCUUUUUGGCAAUAAUUACUGAAUUAUCUACUAAUAUCUGUUUUGACCGCUGGGGGUCGCCAUUACCGAGUUAAAUAUGAUUUGUCAUGCUGUGAAUGUGAAAAAAAGAAGAAAAAAAAAAGCAAUUCUGGUCUUAUUUAUUUCACCUUUUGUUUCUCAUGGUUAAAGUAUCCCUUUUUUUUUUUUUGUAAAUACUGUAUCUUGCUUUCCAGAUGGCUUCACUGCAACACUUUUUUCUUUUGUAUUUUGUUUAAAAAUUAGAGAUUAUGGGUAGUCCGUGUUAACGCCCACAUGGUUAAGGUUCACUCAUGUCUCCAUUAAAGCAUCUGUCAACUUA